ACUACUUAUUCUUCCCCUCUUCCUCCUCAUCCCACCUACAACCGCAACUCCCACCUUCUAAACCACCCAUCAAAGAAACCCAACAGCCAAAAUGUCCGUCCCCAACUUCACCACCGCCCUCUCCGCCUCCAUCAACAAGGAGAAGUUCACCCCCGAGGUCCAGGCCGCCGCUGCCAAGGUCGACAUCUCCGCCUUCUCCGCCGCCAUCGAGGCCGUCCUUGCUGGCGAGGAGACCGCCACCGUCGAGGGCGAGCAGGCUGCUGCCCUGAAGUCUGCAUUUGAGUUCGCUGUUGAACUUGUGAAGAUGCUGAACAAGGAGCCUGGUGUGGAUGACAAGUUGAACCUCUACAAGUAUUUCAAGCGCUCGAGGAACGAGACUCCUGCUCAGCCUGGCAUGUUUGCUAUGGAGGCCAAGUACAAGUACAACGCAUGGAAGGAAAUCCAGCACAUCAGCGAGGGCAGGGCCCAGGCCGAGUACAUCAAGCAGGUUGACACUCUGAUUGGAAAGAUUGGAACGAGGGAGUAGAUUAUAAACCUACAAGGUCAUAAAUGAGGAGAUAUCAUGUGGUGGAUUCAUUGUCUAUUAGCAGGACGAGAUGAGUUAUGAGCUACUUACUACUCAACUAACUACUUAGCUAUUGAGCUGCUUGCAUAGUCAUUAUUGAUUCUUUUGAUAUUGA